AUGGCGGCUGUUGCGUUCUUACCCGAAGAGAUCAUACUACAAAUCGUGACUAGGCUACCGGUCAAAUCGGUGGGGCGAUGCAGAUGUGUAUCUACACGGUGGCGCUCUCUCUUCUCCGAUCCCCAUUUUGCGAAAUCGCACUUCCAGUUAGCCCCCAAGCAUCGAGCCCUAAUAUUUCAACACCUCAUGAAACUCGAAACCCUAGGUCUUGAUUUGAGUGAUACAACCUUGAUUGAGAAGGAAUCUCUGGUUCUCCGAAAUCUGAAUUCCCCUUUCCCUUUCCAUCACAAGAACGUCGAGUUUUUAGGCUCCUGCAAUGGGCUGGUGGCUGUACGUGUCAUUUGUCCAUCCAAUCAAGAAGAAGAAUGCUUUCUUAUAUGGAACCCAUCCACCGGGUUCUUCAAGAAAUUUCCCUGCCGCCGGGGUUUUAGUAAUCAUGAGUACAAAUCGGGGUUUGGGUAUGUGUCCAAAACCGACGAAUACAUACUUGUGAAGAAUGAUGCGAUCCUGUCGUCCAAGACUGAAACAUGGAAGCCCAUGGAAAUAUUGCCUCCCGGCGCCGACAUCUGGAUGUCACCUGGUGUGUUUUUCCGUGACGCACUGCAUUGGCUAGCGCGUUGUCGGCGUAGUCGGCGUUGUCGGCGUAGUCGGCGUAGUCGACCACAACGGGUAUGUCAUAUGUAUGCUUUCGAUUUAGAAAAGGAGGAGUUUUCGAUAAUGCAGCUGCCUAGUGCUCUUCAAACACUAGACAUCAGAACGUGGAACCAUGGUGUUACUCGUGAAGGGUGCUUGUAUGUAAUGGUCCACAAAAAUGUGUACAGGGAUGGUGAAUUGGACUAUUAUAUGGUUGAAUAUUGGGUCAUGAGAGACUAUGGCAACAAUGAUUCUUGGACUAGAUCAUUCGGCGUAAAGAUUCCCAGUCAGCCUGCACGAAAGCAUUGGUAUCUGUCGCUUGAAUCAAUUUCGGUUUCAGAGACUAGUGCAUUAGUGAGGAAUAGAUGUCCACUAGAACCAGAAAAUUCUAAACUCCUGUCUACCAGUCAUUAUCGUAAUGAAGAAGAGAACUCCGACAUCUAUGUGAUUGAGACUCAUGCACCGCAUGUGGUUGGAUAUGAAGAGAGUCUAUGUCGUCUUGAUUAG